CAGGCCAAACGUGGCAUAAGACGGAUUAAGAAGAUGAAGGGUCGGUACUGCUCGACAGUCUCGUCUUUCUCUAUCCUCCUCUCUCCUCCGUUGAAGGUCUCUGCAACUUCAAGUUCUUCACCAAAAUCAAAAUCAUCAUCAUCAUCACUGAAAAGAAGAGCUAUAUCUCUGUCGGCAAUCUCAACGGCCUUGUCUGUUUUGGUUAUACCCAAUUCCAAAUCAAGUUGUUGGUCGAAACCUGAGUUCUUGGAGCUCCAAAAUUCAGGCGGAGUCAAGGCUUUGGAUCUUCGCAUUGGUGAUGGUGACCUCCCCUUCGAUGGCUACCAGGUGGCAAUUCAUUACUACGGAAGGUUGGCAGCAAAACAAGGAUGGCGCUUUGAUUCAACAUACGAUCACAAAGAUGAUACUGGUGAAUCAAUUCCAUUCAUCUUCAUCCUUGGAUCAGGCAAAGUUAUAUCAGGGAUUGAAGCAGCAGUAAGAUCAAUGAAAGUAGGUGGCAUACGUCGAGUCAUCAUCCCACCAUCCCAAGGAUAUCAAAAUACAUCUCAAGAGCCCAUACCACCUAAUUUUUUCGAUAGGCAAAGGCUGUUUACCACGAUUUUCAAUCCAACACGUCUUGCCAAUGGAGAAGGCUCAACAUUGGGGACUCUUAUAUUUGAUAUUGAGUUGGUCAGCCUCAGACAUCGGUGAAAACUUUCUUUACUCUGCAAAUGAUUUCUCAUGUCUACCACAAAGCUACACGUAGACAGCUUCUUGGUGCCUCUUGCAACAUCACCUACCAACAUUUCUCUUCCAUCUUUUGGAGUAUAUAGUAGUUUUUUGUUAUCAAAACUUGUUUAUUCUUAUUAAUGGAUAUUUUUAACUAAUUGAUUGCAAAUAUUUUUGGCCAA